GAAAGUAUCAAAGCCUCAGUCCACAGAGAAAUGCACACAGCCUGUAUUCAGAAACUGAGCCUUAAAACCAGCCGUCAGGACUUCUGGAACUUUGUGAUGUCACAACAAAGCAGUCACCAAGCCCCGCCCACCUGGACCCACCAUCCAAACCUUGCAGGAUUUGGUUUCUCUGAGUGUUUUUACCUGAAAUCUGCUAUAUUUUUAUUGGCUCACUCAGAAAACAGUCAGCCAAUCAGAAGAGAGGCUCAGAACCUCUUUCUGUGCAGAAUGUUAUGGAAACUCUCUGCAGUAUAUUCUGGAGUUGCAGCUGCUUUAUCACUAUUUAUGUCUCAAGACUGAAGGUACAAUGAGAAGAAAAACAUCAGUUUCAUCCCUGUGUAUCUAGCACAGAGAGAAGUCCAGGGUGUGUUAGCCUAGCUUAGCAUAAACACUAGAAACAAAGAGAAACUGCUAACUUCAGAGCCCAGUAACAACAGGAGGUGGUGCAGCAUAUGUGCUGCUUUAAGAUACUAAAGUUUAAAGGGUGCUUUUAAGACCAAGAGGCUUGGGGGCGUGGCUGAGAGCGGUGCUUUGUUGUGACAUCACAAAGUUCCAGAAGUCCUGACGGCUGGUUUUAAGGCUCAGUUUCUGAAUACAGGCUGUGUGCAUUUCUCUGUGGACUGAGGCUUUGAUACUUUCACAGUAUUAAUAUAGAAGCUAGAGCUGAUCUAUAAUCACACUACACAUGGACACAGACCUUUACACUGGAGGAGCUUUAAAUACGUUGUAAAAUGUUAAUUUCAAGGUUUUUUAGGAUAAUUAUUCCUCAAAAAGAAGAAAAUCAUUGUGAGAUAAAAUCAUUUAUUUGGACAGUACAGCUUUGGUAAGAUUGUUUCAUCUGUGUGACCCUCCAUCUCUGCGAUGAUUAGAUUUGGCCACGGCCUUAUUCAUGUGGUAAAACAAGAUCAAUUACGAAGAUGUUUAAGCAUCGAAAACGGUUUCUCUCCAUCACAGGGAACAAGGUGGAAAAAGACAAGACAGUGAAAGUUUUAGAGCUCAGUUAAAAGACACAAACGACCGCAAAGAAACAAAGAGUCGUCAGUGUGGAGCUCCUCUAUAGGUCCCGUCUCAACAGUGAGCGUAGAGGUCCACCGGGGAAACGUCCGGUUCUCCUGAUGUCCACGCCGCCGCCAGAGAUCACAGACGUAGAAAUGAACCCACGGCUGUGAGUAAAUCCACACUCCUCUGCAGACACGUGAGGAAUCCGGUGACUGUGCAGCAGGAAUGUGGAUGUUGUGGGUCAGACUGGCAGGGAGGUGGCACACCCCACCCCCGUGUUCACUGCUCCGAGGACCGGAGGGAGGGGGAAGAUAUCCAUCAUCUGAUCAUCUGUAUCCAUGGACGGGUUUAUAACGUAUCCAGCAAAAUCCUGGUCUCCUGUAGUCUUGAGCUGGGACCCGGAGGAGCCGGGGGACCCGGAGGAGCCGGGGGACCCGGGGGAUCCGGAGGAGCCGGGGGAUCCGGAGGAGCCGGAGGAGCCAGGGGAGCCGGGGGAUCCGGAGGAGCCGGGGGAGCCGGGGGAUCCGGGGGAGCCAGGGGACCUGCACACUCAGGGGCCACUUAUUUCUGCUUUUGAUACUUGA